AUGAUAUCUGUAUCUCAAGAAAUAAAACAAAAACGUCCUACAAAAGUUCAACGAAAAUCAUAUCGUGAUCGUGAUAAUUAUUUAAUCGAAGCAGAAGAACUCUUAAUUAAUCGAAAAAUUGAUCUUACAGAAUAUGAACGACGUAUUAGAAGGUUGACAUAUGGAUAUAUUAAAUAUCAUAAUGAUAAUGAUGAUCGUGACUUUGAGAACGAUGUAUAA